CGCUGCGGGGAGAGCGGGGAGGAGAUGGCGUCCGCUACAGACUCCCGCUAUGGGCAGAAGGAAUCCUCGGAUCAGAACUUCGAUUACAUGUUCAAAAUCCUCAUCAUCGGUAACAGCAGCGUCGAAACCUCGUUCCUAUGUUCCGUCGUACGGCGCGAUGAUUCCUUCACACCUGCCUUUGUCAGCAUACCGGUCGGCAUCGACUUCAAGGUCAAAACCAUCUACAGGAAUGAUAAACGCAUCAAACUGCAGAUCUGGGACACGGCCGGGCAGGAGCGGUACCGCACCAUCACUACAGCGUACUACCGAGGAGCCAUGGGCUUCAUCCUCAUGUAUGACAUCACCAACGAGGAGUCCUUCAAUGCCGUGCAGGAUUGGUCCACCCAAAUCAAGACGUACUCAUGGGACAACGCGCAGGUGCUGCUGGUGGGGAAUAAAUGUGACAUGGAGGAUGAACGUGUGGUGUCAGCUGAGAAGGGCCGGCAGCUCGCUGAGCACCUGGGCUUCGAGUUCUUCGAGGCCAGCGCCAAGGACAACAUCAACGUCAAGCAGACCUUCGAGAGGUUGGUGGACAUCAUCUGUGAGAAGAUGUCUGAGUCUCUGGAUGCAGCCGACCCCGCUGUCACCGGCGCCAAGCAGGGCCCGCAGCUGUCGGACCAGCAGGCCCCCCCCCACCAGGACUGCGCCUGCUAGGACCCCCCCCUAUUGUAACCUCCCCCUCCCCUUGCCUCCCCCUAUUUUCCCCUUGGGGGGGGGCACUUUGCUGCUGAUACCUCGCAGGUAAAAAAGGGCCGCGGUCCCUCUCAGAGCCUGCCCUGCUCCCCCCCAUCAAUUAGGCUGAGCCCCCCCCCACCCUUAUUUAUUUUUUAAGCCUGGGAUGGUAGGAGGAGAAUCGCCCCCUUCUGCAUUUCAUCCAUCACUGUCAGCCCAAAUUGCUCCCCAUAAAUAACCAUUGUGGCCGUUUUGCUCGCAGUCCCUGGGUUGAUGGGGAGGGGGACGGGACCCCAACCCCCCCCCGCUCCCAUUCCUUACAUAGGGUCCCAGCGGGGCCCUGGGGGCCGUUCCCCCCCUCUUGUUUAUUUGUACAAAUAGCUGCUGAUGGCUGCUCCCGCUGUCUUCCUCCUUGUACAUAACAGACUCCUUGUAAAUAGCCGUAGCUGUGUGCGUGAACCUGCUGUGCCGUGGCCGUGGUGAUGCAUUCCUUUGGUCCUUUCAUUCCCUCUAUCACCCCCCAACCCCUUCCCUCCACCCAAACUCAGUGUGGUUUCUCUUGCUUGUGAAAUAUCACUUUUCAAAGCUCUUAUUUAAAGGUAAAGAACCAAACUCAACGGGGUUGUGGCCACCCGGCACAUCUCCUGUGUGCCCAUAUAGCAACGUGCUUCUGUGAGACUGUGAAUACGUGGAUAUUGCUAUAGCAAUGACUGCCCUGGAGGUCUUGCAUCCCCCUAUUUAUUUCUCCUGGAGCUGCGUCUUUAUUUUACAGGUUACCCCCCCCCCCUCCUCCCUGUGGUCCCAUUUUCCCCCCUUUUACUCCUAUUUUUUGUGACGUUUACUUAUGGAAGAGUUCCACUGUACUGUACAAAUGUCCAAAGUGUCAAAAGAAAAAAAAAAGAGAGGACAAUUUCCUAAAAAAUCACUGUAUUAAAAGAAAUGUCGUGAAGAAAUAAAUCAAUGCUGAUCAGGA